AUGUUCAGGUCGAAAAUUGCCGAUAUCCAGGAUCGCAAAGAGGACCGGUAUAAGUGCAACCAGCAUGGAUUUUCUGCACGCAAAGACCUGCGUAAAGGCACGAGAAUAGGACGUGCACGUGCUGGAGCAGAUAAUCCAGAGAGCCCAAAACUGGGUGCAGAAUCACCGGAUCGAGAAGAUGUGAAUGCCCCGGGAAAAGAAGCGCAAGGCGAAGCUCAACCAGAAAACCCUCCACAAGAGCAAGCUGAACCCGAGAAACCGAAAAGUGAUGACGCCACACCAAAACCUUCAGCGGAAGGUACCGAAAAUGCGCCUAAACCACCAGCACCCGGAUCCGCUGAAAAAGCGGAGAAGAAAUCAGCCGAAUCACCUGACAAAGAACCGGAAGAGAUGAAAGAAAAAUGGGAUUCAAAAAGCCGGAAGGAAGGUACAAAGAAAGAAGAGGAGGAAACACCACCGGUGGACAAGUUACGCUUAGCGUGGAUGAUAAUUUUUCUAAACGGUAUUGGUGUUUUGCUUCCAUGGAAUAUGUUCAUAACUAUCGCGCCGAAUUAUUAUGUGGAAUAUUGGUUCACAGUGGGAGGAAAUAAAACGAACUAUGCGAAAAGUUUUAUGAGCGAUCUUGGAAUUGCAGCUCAGAUACCGAAUUGGCUUGUCGGACUCAUCAAUGUGCUACAAAUCAUCGGUGGUUCUUUGAUGAUUCGAAUUGCUGGCCCGCUUACUAUAAAUUGUAUAAAUGUAAUUGUUAUCCUAAUACUGAUUGUUGCUCAAGAUCCGGCUGUAGAAGCCAUGGGAUGGUUUUAUGUGGUAACGAUGAUAAUCAUAGUUGUACUGAAUGCUUCGAACGGCCUGUACCAGAACUCAGUAUUCGGUCUCACAGCAGACUUCCCAGCCGCUUAUACAAAUGCAUUGAUUGUUGGUAAUAAUGUUUGCGGAACAUUUAUAAGUGUGCUUGCUAUUCUCACCAUUCUCGUUUUCACAACUGAAUACAAGACUGUAGCGUUGAUUUAUUUCUCGAUUUCAUUAGCUGUUCUCGUUUUGUGUGGAUUAUCACUUGUGGUGCUUACACGAUUGGACUUCUACAAGUUUUACCUCGAAAAAGGUAAUCGAGCACGUGCAGCUGAAAACGCGACCAGGCCUAGUCUACGGCAGUUUGUCGAAACAUUCAAGGGUUGUUGGGCGCAGUUGGUGAGUGUGUUCUUAGUAUUUUUUGUGACACUUGCUGUAUUUCCUGCUGUGCUAGCCGGUACCACACCACAUGGAAAGGGCGAGCCAUGGAACAGUGCGAUCCCAAAAGAGUUAUAUCCCGGAAUUACUGUGUUCCUGAAUUUUAAUCUUUUGGCGGCAAUUGGAUCAACAACCGCUAAUUUUGUGCAGUUUCCAGGACCACGAUUUUUACUCUAUCCUGUUUUGGCACGUCUUUUCUUUAUUCCAUACUUCAUGCUAUGCAAUUACAAUGUAGACGAUCGCAUAAUGCCGGUUCUCUUCAAAAAUGAAUGGUUCUUUAUUAUCGGUAAUGCGGUCAUGGCAUACACAAGCGGAUAUUUCAGCUCACUGGCAAUGAUGUACGCGCCAAGAGUUGUGCACAGUUCAUUGUCGAAAACAGCUGGUAUGGCAGGAGCAUUGUUCUUGAUUUCAGGUAUUAUGUGUGGCGUAGCGUUUGUACCAGUUAUCACUUUCAUGACAAACAAUAUUGGCUAA